AGACGCUGUGCUCGCCCCGCUGGGGCCUUUCGAAGCUCUGUUUCGUGCAAGCGUGAUUCAUUUCUCCAAAGGCCUGCUAUGUCUCAAUUGCCGACUCAACCGGCCACCCAUGUUGCCGCAAAUCAGAGUAGCAGCUGGCAUGGCGCAGGGGCGGCCGAGUUUGACCUUCGAAGUGAUACCAUGACAAAACCCACCCCGUCAAUGCUAGAAGCUAUUUCCCAGACCACCUUGCUCGAUGAUGUUUUCGGGGAAGACCCGGCAACAAAUGACCUUCAAAGCUAUGUCGCGGCAAGAACCGAACAUGAAGAUGCCUUGCUAGUGCUGUCCGGGACGAUGGGAAACCAAGUGGCGAUCCGGUCCCAUCUGGCGCAGCCCCCGCAUUCCGUGCUUUGUGAUCAUCGGGCACACAUCAUCUGCUACGAGGCCGGUGGCGUAAGCGCAUGGACUGGAGCAACAGUACAGACGGUCGUCCCAAAGAAUGGAGUACAUCUUACCUUAGAGGAUGUCCAGAAGCAUGCGGUGCUCAGCGACAAUAUCCACUAUUGUCCUACAAAACUGAUCAGCCUGGAGAACACCCUCGACGGAAUGAUACUGCCGUUAGCAGAGGCCAAGCGAAUCGUUGAGUGGGCCCAUGCCAACGAUAUCAAAGUUCACCUAGACGGAGCGCGACUAUGGGAAGCAGUUGUAUCUGGGGCUGGUAGCCUAUCCGAGUACACAAGUUUGUUUGAUAGUGUGAGUUUAUGUUUCUCCAAGGGCCUGGGAGCUCCCAUGGGAAGCAUCAUUGUGGGGUCCAGGGAGUUCAUUAAGAAAGCUCGUUGGUUUCGUAAGUCGAUUGGCGGAGGAGCGCGUCAAACAGGCAUUCUAGCUGCAGCUGCGCGGGUUGCCCUCAAUCAAACAUUUGGCACCGACCCACACGGCAAGACUGGUUUGCUUCAAGCCACCCAUGUGAAGGCCCAGCAAGUUGCAGAGGCCUGGACUAGUCGUGGAGGCAAACUCCAGUACCCUGUGCACACGAACAUGGUAUGGUUGGAUCUGGAAAGCUCUGGGCUCGGGCCCAAUGACCUCGCACUUAUUGGGAAAGAAAAUGGAUUACUAUUACUCGGAGGACGAGUCGUCGUACAUUAUCAGGUCUCGGAUGAGGCCAUCAAACGCCUCACGGAGGUAUUUGACACUGCGCUGAAAGGAAAUUACCAGCCUAUCAAGGAUACUGAGAAACCUUAUGGAAGCAGGUAA